AAAACAAGAAUAAAAAGAGAAAACCUUAGGCCUCCUAAGUGUAAGAUAAUCAGCAAUCCCCUUCCCCCAUCAAUGCAAAUGCAAAUAAUUUUCUCCCAUUUUUAAUAUAGGAACAGACACUAAUUUGUUAGUCCGCUAUAAUGUUGGCAACAUCUGAGGACACCUGAACCUUAGAAAACAACAUCACCAUUCAUAUAUAUUACUGUACACCUUGCACACAGAACUGUUUGUCCUGGAAAAUAAUGGUAAUUGAAUAGCAGCAAUAUAGUCCUGUAAUGUUGAAUCAAAUAACCUCUGCAUAAGCAGCAAUAAAAAAGUAAUGAUGAAAAGCAGAAUGAUUACAACUCUAGUGUGAAGCACCUGCAUUUUCUCACUGUGACUCUGGGUGUCGCUGUUCACCAAUCCAGCAGGCUAACACAUGGAGCGAUCCAGCCUGCCCAUUCUUGCAGAUAGGCUGGGAUGGAACUGACAGUUCAGGGAACAAAAUGAUGCAGGUUUUGCUUUAAAAAUAAAAAAGGACAGAUAAAAGCUAUUUGAACAAGAACUAGUUGUAUUCUUUUUCGUGGAAGGAAAUGGAAGAAAAACAGAGGCCUUGGAGUUACAAAGAAAUAAUCAUACAAUGCCUUGUAAUGGUGAAUAUUUGGAAGGCAGUUUCUGGACAGAUCCACUACUCCAUUCCAGAGGAGAUGCAGAAAAGCUCAUUUGUGGGGAAUAUUGCAAAGGACCUGGGGAUAGAUCGGAAGCAGCUUUUGGACCAUGGACUCCGCAUUGUAACUAGUACAGGUAUCAUUCAGUAUUUUGAACUGAAUUUCAAUACUGGCUAUUUACAAACUUCUGAGAGAAUAGACAGAGAGAAAAUCUGUGGAAGGGUAGAAAUGUGCAUCUUAAAAUUUCAAGUUAUUGCUGAGAGCAACUUAAAGCUUUAUGUUGUUGAAGUAGAAAUCAUGGAUAUAAAUGAUAAUGCUCCCUUCUUUCUGCUGAAGGGAUGGGAACUUAAAAUCAGUGAAUUGUCUACACCUGGAUCCCACUUCCCUCUUCCUGAAGCUCAGGAUCCAGAUCUGGGGAUAAAUUCUAUACAGAGCUACCAACUCACAGGCAGUAGCCAUUUUUCUCUGGAUGUUCAAAUGGGAGAAAAUGGGGCAAGACAUGCAGAGCUGGUAUUGGAAAAGCCUCUGGACAGGGAAGAGCAACCAGAUUAUGAUCUACUCCUCACAGCUACUGAUGGAGGUGAUCCCAUCAGGUCUGGCACAGUACAAAUCCACAUCAUUGUUCUUGAUGCAAAUGACAAUGCACCCGUUUUCAGUCAACCUCUUUAUGAAGUGAGUGUCAAUGAGAAUAUUCCCAAGGGGUCCACACUUUCUACGGUGCAAGCCACUGAUAUGGAUGAAGGAAUCCAUGGAGACAUAAAAUACUCUAUCCAAAAAAUCACGCAAAGGGACUCCCAAAUGUUUCUGUUAAAUUCCACAACUGGCGAAAUCAUCCUUACUGGGAAUCUUGAUUUUGAGGAAUCAUCCUUAUAUGAAUUUGAGGUGCAAGCCAUGGAUGGGGGCGGUCUAAGUGACAGAUCAAAGGUUGUGAUCCUUGUUACAGACUUGAAUGACAACGCACCUGAAAUAACAAUAACUUUUGAACUCAACUCUGUCCCUGAGAAUUCACGAACUGGAACUGUCAUUGCCAUUUUAAAUGUCCAAGACAAAGAUUCAGGAGUCAAUGGGGAGGUUAUGUGUUCAAUUCCCAAUAGCCUUCCUUUCCAACUAAAGAAAACAAUGGACAAUUUUUACACUUUAGUGACAGACAGAGCCCUUGAUAGGGAACAAGUGGCGACCUAUGAUAUCCCUGUUACAGCAACUGAUAAUGGGACUCCAACAUUAUCAACCUCUGCAAUUAUUUCACUGCAGCUGUUAGACACAAAUGACAAUCCCCCAUUCUUUUUACAGUCAGCCUACACCUCUUAUCUUCUAGAAAAUAAUCCAAGAGGUGCCUCAGUCUUUUCUCUGAAAGCAAGUGAUCCAGACUGGGAAGAGAAUUCCAGAAUAGUAUAUUCCAUCACUGAAAGUCAGAUCAGCACAUCCCCUCUCUCCUCAUACCUCUCCAUUAAUUCUGAAACUGGGGUUGUUUAUGCCUUGAGCUCCUUUGAUUAUGAAGAGUUUCAGGAAAUUAAGUUCCUAGUCAAGGCUCAGGAUGGAGGUUCUCCAUCACUCAGCUCCAACGUCUCAGUGACUCUCUUCAUCCUGGACCAGAAUGACAAUGCUCCCCAAAUCCUGUACCCCUCCCCUCCCACUGAUGGCUCCACAGGGAUAGAGCUGGCCCCUCGCUCCUCAGAGCCAGGCUACCUGGUCACUAAGGUGGUGGCCGUGGAUGUGGACUCUGGCCAGAAUGCCUGGCUCUCCUACCAGCUGAUCAAGGCCACAGAGCCAGGGCUCUUCACUCUGGGGCUCCACACGGGAGAGAUCAGGACAGCCCGCUUCUUUCUGGAGAAAGAUGCCCUCAAGCAAAGCCUGGUGGUUUUAGUCAAGGACAAUGGGCAGCCUCCAAUGUCGGCAUCAGUCACUGUCACUGUGGUCUUGGCUGACAACAUCCCUGACAUGCUGACUGAUCUGAGCAGCGUCCCAGUAUCUGAAGACCCACAGUCAGAUCUCACCUUCUACUUGGUGACUGCAGUGGCUUUUGUCUCUUGCUUGUUCCUUGCCUUCCUCCUUGUGUUACUGGCACUCAAACUUCGCAGAUGGAAAAAUUCUCAGUUGUGUGACAAUGGAAGUGUGCAUUUUGAUGGUGCUCCCAUCUCCCAGUUUGUGGGAAUUGAUGGAGUCCGGGCAUUUCUUCAGUCUUAUUGCCAUGAGGUUUCACUGACUUCAGGCUCUCGGAAAAGUCAGAUCCUUUUUCCAAUCGGAAGUUGUACCAAUACUCUGACACCACAACAGGCUCCUGAUAAGCCAGGCCCUUUGUUAAUUAUAGGUGAUUCUAACACAGUUACGGAGGAGGCAGCAAUUCAUCAGGUGAGCACAUAA